AUGCACCCCAUAUUAUGUCGUGCAUUUAGGCAAUGCAUUUGACGGUCGGCCUAUAGGCUUACUUCUUCUCAGAGCUACAGCUUCAGAUUUUUGGGUGGUUUAAAUUGAGAUUAUCCUUAAAUUGGACCCGUGGAUAUUAAAAUGAUUGGCUGCCUUCGUUUUUGAGCUUCAUAAGUAAUUUUUGGUUUAACAUCUUCUAGAUCCAAAACGCCGAGGAGAAAGUAACAGCUAUGGUUUCAAGGAGGUUGUCUAGUUUCCUCUGUCACCUGGCAAGCAUCUUAUUAUCCACAUCGUGUGUCAGGGGAUAUGAUGAAAUCGUCAACGUGACGGCAAUCGAUGUCGAGAAGGAAUCCUUCACGCUGAAGUGGGAGUGGGUGGUUGAUGACAGUGACGAUUUCUAUCCUUGGGGAUGUCAAAUCAGCGUUCAUCUUCGGGAAAAUAUGGAAGUCGUCCAUGAAGUCGAGAUAGAAGGCAUGAACACGUCCUACGCCGUAGGGGAAAAUUUGACGCAUUGGGAGUUGUACGUGAGUUGCAUAACGCCCAUUUUGACGAACGACACUGCGAUUAUCGAUGGAGAUGUCUCGACGUGCUCGGAUACUAUCCAAACGAAAUACGAUCCAUGGACAGGAAGAGCUCAGUUGGCUGUCAUUGUAACAGGAGGGUUGAUCUUCAUGGUCAUUAUAGCUCAACUCAUCAACUUGAAAUGGCCAAGAGAUCAGAAGCGGACAUUCACCAUCGAUGACCUUGAUGACGACGGCGAUGAUGGGAAACCCGAACCAGUAGAUCUAGAUAACUAUGGAUUUGAGCAGGACGAAGAUGCAACGAGCUCAGUGAACGAUUGGAAUGCAGCUGCUACAGCGGCCGUCAUUGAAAGCAAAGGUGGAAAGCCAAGAGGCGACAUCAAGCAAUGGGUAAAGCAAGCAGAUGUCCAUCACAAAUCGAUGAGAUAUGGUCAAGACCUUAGCCAGGAUAAACACCAAUCUAUCGGCAUUCAGCCAGGUAUUCAUCAACCUGUUGGAGAUGAUGUCAACGGGAACACGGUUGGGUCCGUCGAAGAGGGCGUCGCGGCUUCAGAACAGGACAACUACCAUCUGCGUUACCAACAGGUCAGUGCGAAUCAAGAAGUCAUUCACUUGGCGUAUGGAAAUCCAGACCCUCACCAGCCAUCAGCAGAAAGAAUUCCAUCAGAUUUUGAGGAACCGUCAUACCAGGAUCAGGUGGCAUACCAAAUGCAGGACCCACCAAUGCCAGCUCACCAGAUCCAGGAUCCAAGUCAGGUAACGCACCACCCUCAGGAACGGGACGCUUAUGAGGAAAUGUACCAGAAUCACCAGAUCCAGGAUCCAAGUAAGGUAACGCACCGCCCACAGGAUCGGGACGCUUAUGAGGAAAUGUACCAGAAUCACCAGAUACAGGAUCCAAGUCAGGUAACGCGCCGCCAUCAUCAGGAACCGGAAGCUUAUGAGGCAACGUACCAGAAUCAAAGGUUUUCAAAUGAUUACGGAAACGUGAUACAUGACGACGGUACCAGCGAUCAGGGUCAUCGUAAUUAUGGUUAUGACUAUGAUUCAGAAUAUGACGGUUACGAACAGACUAUCAGACAGUAUCCAAGGGAAAGCGUUAUGGAAAGUCAGUAUGAUACAGCUUUGCCAUCCUUCGAUGAUGAUUAUGCACGCUAUUUUUAGCUUAUACUAUAUAUUCAUUUUCAAAGUCAUAUAUUAAAAUGAAUUUGUUUACCGAUGAUCAGCAGCCGAUCGUAAUUAAGGUAUCCAAAACAGCUUUAAUGUUGUCAGGGGCUGUUUUUUCUCCUCAAAAUUUUUAGAGUCUGCUGAUCGUACCUACCCUCAUCCCUAACCCGGCCGCUUUCUUGUUCUCACUCUUUCCCUCUCUUUUCGCUUUCUCUCGCUCUCUCCUCCCAAUGUAUUUCCUUAAGGCCCGGUCCCACUGCACUUAAAGAUGCAGAGAGGAUGCAAAACGAAAAUGAAUCUUGCCAUCUGUUGGAAAACGUUAUUCCGUUGUGUAUUCUUAAUUUGCCUAUACGUGUUAGAUACGCCCUAUAUCCAUCGAGCAUCCGUCCAGUGUGAUUUCAUUGUUCGCCCAUUUUGUCCAUUCUCU